AUGGAACGAUUUUUUCAACCGAAACAAAAGUCUAUACCUAGUUCUAAUUGUGCUUCUAGUCUCGCCACUACUUCUAGCCGAGUACUCGAGUUAUUAAAUAGCACAAAGAAGUCUCGGGCUCAAUUCAAUGUAGAUGAUCUUAUAUCUGAUCUAGGAAAACGUCCCCCUAUCGAGUCAUAUGAUCCUAAUAUCAGAGAUGAUGUUACGAUGGCAUAUUUGCAAAAAGGUUCUUGUCAGCCACAUGGACAUGACUUUCCAAGAAGACGGAUAGAAAAUGAUAAUAGGUGUUUUCGAAACGAAUGGUUUUCUGAAUUUUAUUGGUUGAAGUACAGUAUAGAAAAUGAUGUGGCUUAUUGUUUGCAUUGCUACUUAUUCAAACCAGAUAGAGGGGGUGGACAUAUAUUCACUAAGACUGACUUUAGGGAUUGGAAGCACAAAAGUACAUUGAAAGAUCAUGUCGGGCUCAUUGAUAGUGCUCAUAAUCAAGCUUUUGCAAAGUGUACCAAUUUGAUGAAUCAAAAUCAAAGUAUCUCCCAUGUUAUUUCUAGCCAAAGUAGUAGUCAACAAAAAAAUUAUAGGACAAGGUUGAUUGCAGUGCUAGACUGUACUAGAUUUCUCUUGAUGCAAGGAUUGUCAUCUCGUGGUCAUGAUGAAUCGAAAGAGUCUCUUAAUAAAGGAAAUCUGAUUGAGCUACUAAAUUGGUAUGCAAUUCGUCGUAAGAAAAUUAAUGAAGUACUAUUUAGUAAUGCUCCUGGAAAUGACCAAAUGACUUCACCAAGCAUCCAUAAGGAUUUGGUUAAUUGUUGUGCUGUAGAGACGACAGGGUCUAUGAUCAAUGAGAUGGGAGAUUCCUUGUUUUCAAUUUUGGUUGAUGAGUCUCGUGAUAAUUCUAUAAAAGAACAAGUGGCGGUUGUUUUGAGAUUUGUUGACAAAAGUGGACAAGUAAAGGAGCGUUUGUUGGGUAUUUGCCACAUCGCUGAUACUUGUGCCCAAUCACUCAAGGAUGCCAUUGAUGCAAUGUUUUCUACACAUGGGUUGAGCAUAUCUAGUCUGAGAGGUCAAGGUUAUGAUGGAGCAAGCAAUAUGUCAGGUGAGUUCAAUGACUUAAAAGCUUUAAUUUUAAGAGAGAACCCAUGUGCUAUGUAUGUUCAUUGCUUUGCUCACCAGCUUCAGUUGGUAGUUGUUUCUGUGGCACAUAGGAAUGUUAUGCUUAGUGAUUUAUUUAACAUGCUUGCUAUUAGUGUGAAUUUGUUUCAAGAAAUGAGUUUGGCACGUCCAGGUGAUACUAGAUGGGGCUCACAUCUAAAGACAGUUACUCGCUUUAUUAGUAUGUUUAAUGCGACCAUAGAUGUUCUUGAGAAUAUAUCAGAAGACGGCAUAAGUUUACAACAAAAAUCAAUGGCCAUCAGACAGAUGGACAUUAUGCAAGAUUUUCAAUUUAAAAAGGAUCAGGAUAUUCAGAAUGCUAUGAGAUUAUUGAAGUUGUGUAAGUACGCAUUGCAGAACAUGAGAGACAAUGGUUGGGAUACUUUGUUGAGUAAGGUAAUUCAGUUUUGUGUUGAUAGACAUAUUUCCGUGCCCAAUAUGGAUGAUAUUGUGAUAUCGAAAGGUCGACCUAGGCGUGCAAGUCAGCAGUUAUAUCCGAUGGAUUUCAAUAGUGAAGAGCUUUUAUUACUUAGACCUCAACUUGACAAGUUUCUUAUGCUCGUGAGAAUGGAUGAAGCUUUCUUCAACCUCAAAAGCAUAUCUUGUGUAGCUCAGAAGUUGGUUGAAACUAGAAGUUCUUGUUAUUCUCCAUUGGUUUAUAGGCUGAUCACAUUAGUUUUGAUAUUACCUGUGGUAACUGCAAGUGUUGAAAGGGUAUUCUCUGCUAUGAAUCUAAUCAAGAAUGAUUUGUGA